AUGACUCGAGGUUUGGAGGAUAUAUCCACGGAUCUGACGAGAACAUCGGCCUCCGCCAAGUUAUACCAGGAAACUGGGUUGGAAGAGUACCGGCAGCAGGCUCUUGAACAUGCCACCAGGCUUGUGAGAAGCCUGGAGAAGCCAGCUGCCGAAAACGCAGAUUUCCAGCUUGUUGAGCGAAUUAUGCGUGUCCUUGUCUGCAACGGUUUCGCCAAAAAGCGAGGCUUAAACCAUUAUGCGCCCACCGCGUGGUCGACGCAAAUGACGGAGAGAACAACAAUCGACAUGGCGGGCUCAAUAAAGACCGGGUAUAAAAACCCAGAAGAUCCCUACAAUACGCCACUUCAAUACGCCUACAAGUCAUCUGGCACCUGCUGGGACUGGUUCCGGGAAAACCCAGUAGCGCUACAGCGCUUCAAUACCUUCAUGGAGGGAACGCGUGCAAACACCCGUCAUUGA